AAGCAGAAGCGCUGCAGCUCUCUGACUUGAGGGAAUCCGGCUCGGCGGGUCUCCCGGCAACGCGCAAGCGCAGUUCGGAUUCGGACUGCAGACUCCACUUCAUUGUGUUCUGCCUGCGAUGUGGCGGUGGCGGUCUCUCGCCGCGGGCAGAGGCUCCUCGAAGGGCAACCCAGUGGUGACUAGACACGGUGGCCGAAGCCGCAUCGGGAGAGCGGGAGCAGCCUUGGGGUGGUGGAGCCCGGUGGGAAGGGCGGAUGAAAACCGAGUCUCCCAAACUGGGCGCCAGAGAAGGAGAGGCUUGAGGCCAGAGAACGGCAUGGCCUUGAGAGACGUCUCGACAAUGAAAAUCCAGCCUUCUUAGCUUCUUUUCUAGGAGAAAGAAGACGACCCUCCUUCUCUACUUCUUUCACUCCCCGCCCAAGGAUUAGGCAGCCGUCCAGGCAGGAGACACACUUUUCUUGAGAUCUCUCAGCAUAAUUUAAGGGCAAAAGGCUGGAGAGUGUGUAGAAAGUGUGAAAACGGGCUGGAGGGUGCUUUCUUCAAGAAAAGUCAAAGUAUUUAAAUACAGAAGGGAAGAUAUGGAGGAUCUGACUCAGAUUGCUAGGGGGAAAAUUGGUGGGGGGUGCUGGGAGUAGCUGCAAGGUGAGCUAUUCCCUUUACAGGGGAGGCCAUCAGAAAGACCCUCCAGGAGGAGAGAGGAUUGGGAGCAAAUAGGGACUAAGAAUUCACUACCUGGAGUAUUGGAGGAUUCCCAGGGUGUGAAUGCUCAAAGCCCCACUCUGGACUGCUGUGUGGUAUCUUUUGACCCAGUCCUCUCCUCAUAAACAGUAGAAGGUGUUACCAGCCUGAGGCUCAUCAGAGAAGAAGGAAUGGCAGUCAGGUGCCUGCCAACCGUGGUCCAGGAAUCAGUGACCUUCAAGGAUGUGGCCGUGCUUUUCACCCAGGAUGAAUGGGCGCAGCUGAGCCCUGCUCAAAGAGCCCUGUACAGGGAUGUAAUGCUGGAGAACUACAGCAACCUGGUGUCCCUGGGACUCUUAGGACCCAAGCCAGAUAUGUUUUCCCAGCUCGGAAAGGGGGAAGAAUGGAUGCCGGAGGACUCCCUGGGAGGCUUCUGUCUUGAUUGGAUGACUACACCUGUGAGUAAGAAAUCAACUCUCAAGGCAGAUAUUCCUGAAGGAGAAUUGGGUCAGUGGAUGAUAAAGGAAAGAUUCACUAAAGAUACUCACUGGAAAUAUGAUACACUGUUGGAAUGGCAGCAUGGAAGCCAGGAGAUAAAGUUGCAGCAAGUGAUGCUUGCUCAUGAGAAAACUUCAUCUGUGGUUGGUGACCAGAAAUGUGAUGAAUCUGGGAAGCACUGCACCAUGAGCUCAUCCUUUGUUCAGAGUCAGGGAUUUCAAUCUAGCAAAAAAGCCUUUGAGUGUAGUGAGUGUGGAAAAGUCUUCACUAAGAGUUCAACCCUCAAUAAACAUCAGAAGAUUCAUACUGAAAAACUUAAUGCAAAUCAGAAAAUUCUUAUUAAAGAGAAGCGAUAUGAAUGUAGAGAAUGUGGGAAAGCCUUUCACCAGAGCACACACCUCAUCCAUCACCAAAGAAUUCACACUGGUGAGAAGCCGUAUGAAUGUAAGGAAUGUGGCAAGGCCUUCUCAGUGAGCUCCUCACUUACUUAUCAUCAGAAAAUUCAUACCGGAGAGAAGCCUUUUGAAUGCAACUUAUGUGGAAAAGCUUUUAUCCGAAACAUACACCUUGCCCACCAUCAUAGAAUACAUACUGGAGAGAAACCUUUUAAAUGUAACAUAUGUGACAAAGCCUUUGUGUGCAGGGCACAUCUUACCAAACACCAGAAUAUUCAUAGUGGAGAGAAACCCUAUAAAUGUAAUGAAUGUGGGAAGGCCUUCAAUCAGAGUACAAGUUUUCUUCAGCAUCAGAGAAUUCACACUGGGGAGAAGCCUUUUGAAUGUAAUGAAUGUGGGAAGGCUUUCAGGGUGAACUCUUCCCUUACUGAACAUCAAAGAAUUCAUACUGGAGAGAAACCUUAUAAGUGUAACGAAUGUGGGAAAGCUUUCAGGGAUAAUUCAUCCUUUGCUCGACAUCGGAAAAUUCAUACUGGAGAGAAACCUUACAGAUGUGGUUUGUGUGAGAAAGCCUUCAGGGACCAAUCAGCCCUAACCCAGCAUCAGAGAAUUCAUACUGGGGAGAAACCUUAUGCGUGUAAUAUAUGUGAGAAAGCAUUCAGUGACCAUUCAGCCCUCACUCAACAUAAGAGAAUUCAUACUAGAGAAAAACCUUAUAAAUGUAAAAUCUGUGAGAAAGCCUUUAUCCGAAGUACACAUCUGACUCAACAUCAGAGGAUUCACACAGGAGAGAAACCCUAUAAAUGUAAUAAAUGUGGGAAAGCUUUCAACCAGACUGCAAACCUCAUUCAGCAUCAGAGACAUCAUAUUGGAGAAAAGUGAUAUGGAAGAGCUUUGAGACUAAGUGUAUUAAUUAUUGAAUGCAAGAGAAUUUCCAUUCUACAGAAUAACCAUGAAAGCUUACAUGAAGAUAGUCAUUUUAUUUACUGAGAGUCAAGGUUCACAGUAGUGUGGGUUUUGAGAACUUAAGAAUGUCAAACACUCCUCAUAAUUCAGAACUGCCUCAGUUGAAUAGUCUGAAUUAGUCUCAAUUACCAAGUAUCAGAACCAACAUGGACCUUCAUUAACAACAUAGAAAUUAGUUGACCAUUAAGAUAAAUUAUAAAAUUGUAAAAAUUGAGAAGCACAGGAACAAAAAAGUAAGAAAAUGGUCUAUAAGCAUUUUACUGUACUUGAUUCUCUUAUAUAGGAGGGUUUCUACCUUUAAUGGAAUGCUUUGUUUUCCUCACCCCCACUAUUUACACCCAGUGUAAAGAAAGUGCAGUCACCUGUGCACUGGCCCAGGAGUUACUUAAAUUAUGCUUCCCACCUUCUGCUUCAAACCAACUUUUGUCAGAUUUCCCUGGUUCAUGUGUCCACUGGCUUCUUACCUGUAUUCUUCUCCUGGGACAAUUCAUUUGAACUGUGUGUCCCUUUUUGAUUUAGCAACUCCUAACUGAUAACAUCAUGUCAGUUACUACCACCCAGUUUGCCCUUGAAGACUGUGGUUAUCUGACCUCACACACAGUCCAUGAUUCUGGAUGUUGUUCCAAACCCAGCUUUCAGAACUCAGGACCCCUAUCUGGAAGGCAGAGGUUGAUAAAAAUUCCUGAGUAACCCAGGUCCUCUGGGCUUCAGUUUGACUCUGACCCUCGGAUAAUCCCUAAAGUAGGGGCUUAAUCUGUGCAGACAUUCCCCCCGCCAGUUGUUCUGCACUGUAGUUACGCUACACACGGCAGUCAGGGGCAUGCUCAGCUUCGGGUGUAACGAUCCCAGCCACCUAGAGAUGUUCUGGGCACUGCUACUUCUGUGACUUGCCAUUUCCUGAUGUGCAUCUGACAAGGGAGGUUAGAGCCUCAAGGGAGUUGUCAAAAGGCUGUCACCCACUUUUUCCCUUGGCUGGGCAAUCUUCUGUGUCCACUGCAUUAGUGUAUAUUUGUUACUCCCAGAAUAUUGAACUGCUGCAUCCUGGUUCUUGCCCUGCUUUUGUCUACUUUUCUGAAGGUAUCAACUCUGUUCACAGAAAACACAGAGAGCUUUGAAUUUCUGAUUUUGCAUUUGGAAGUGGCCAUUUCGUGUCCUCCACCUGGGUAUUCCACCACUUAAAGAUUACCCCGUUCUGACAGUGGUGAGCAGCGUGUUGAGUAAUUCCAUGGAGUAGUCAACAGCACCAUGACAUUCUCUGGCAGGGGCAGUGUCCAUGCCCAGAAGUCUGAGUAAUACUCUAGUCCUGCAGGUACAGUUCCUUCACUAUCUUUAGUUCUUCAGUGCUGUCUGUAGAAGUCACAGAUAAAAUAACAUCUGUGUCCCUUCACACACAGCCUCUGGGGGCACCUCCCCUUCCCCACCACAAAGAAUGCGGAGCCUGCACUACUGCAGACUGGAGCAUACUACAGCAUGAAGGUGGAAGAGCAAAUCAACUGUUGUCUGGGAAGCAGUGUGACAGGUUCCUGGUCUGUGGAAGUGCUCUCUAUCAAUUUGGGCAACUGCCGGCCCCUACGAAUGCUGCACCUCAGCUCCAAGUUACAGGAGAGGAUAGUCUGUCAUGGUGGAAUCAGGACUUCAGGUUGAACAUGGACUUGGAAGCUUCCAGCAGCUUUAAAUACCCAAGUUCUCUAAAUUCAGCUCCCACCUAAUAAAGGCCACUGGUGUGGGUAGGCAUCUCCUGUUAGAUCAGCAACUCAUCCUUUCUUCCCUAUUGUGCUUCAGGUGAAGCAACAUUUCAAGAGGUUGCUUGGAACUCUCCAUGCCCUGGGCCCACACAUGUUCAUGUGCAGCCUUACAUGGCUGGCAACCCCAGAUUCCACAAUAAACUUGGAAAGCUG